AUGGCGGAUCCGCUGCCUCCCGGCUUUAUAGAUAUCCCUGCCGCGAAACGCCAACAACGCGGCGUCGUCAAUGUUAUCGGCGUCGUGAUUGAUACCCUUCCCCCCAAGAAGUGUGCGGGCUCAUCCUACGUCUCCACGUUUACUCUGAAGUCGUCCGACUUUACCUCCGAGUAUUGGUAUGGCUUGAAAAUCCGCUACUUCAGUGACCGGGAGGCCUGUUCCCCCAAGCCAGAUGUUGGCGACGUGCUCCUUUUACGCGGCCUUCAUCUCACUACCUACAACGACAAUGUCUGUGGCCUCUCUAGGGCAACGGAUAACACUCCAUGGGCAAUCUUCAGGAAAGACCCAAAGAUCUCUUUAAGAUUAUCCGUCAUUAAACCACCCGGUGUGAGUAGCAAGGUCUCUUCUAUAGAGACUGCCUGUGCCCGUUCUCUUUCUGCACUUUUUUCCGAUGAAGCAAUCAAAAGCACCAAGUCUUCCCAUUCUCCUAGCACACGAUCACAAUCCCACUCAGCAAAACCCAAAUCGGGGAGAUUCUCGCUUCUGAAAGAUGCAAACUUCAACACGUUCGUGGAUAUAGUCGGCCAGGUGGUGAAGACAUUUUCAGAGUAUGAGAGAUAUACCCUGUAUGUUACAGACUAUACCCAAAAUAAGAAUUUUUUUGACUAUGCACAAGACUCCGAUGGGAGGGAUGGCGACGAUUUUAGUUAUCUCAGUCACUCGAAGCGAAAAUGGCCAGGCCCAUAUGGGCGCAUGACAAUUCAAAUCACACUGUGGGAACCUCACGCUGAUUUUGCGCGAAAAAAUAUAAAAGAGGAUGACUUUGUUCUUCUGUGCAAUGUCCAUAUUAAACCAGGACGAGGCAAUGCAUUUAUGGAGGGUGCUCUUCAUACAGACCACCAAUACGCCGAUAAAAUUUGUGUUCACCCCGUCGAUUUCAACGCGCCCGAUGACAAUUUGACGGCACUGGUAAAACGUAAGCAACAGUAUUGGAAGGGACUGAAAACUCGUUUGGGGAAAGACACUGAAAAACACCGGCUUCCUGAUAACGAAAACUCGAGCAACAACGCUAAGAGAAACAAAAGACAAAACAAAAAGAAAGCCCUGAAGGGGGAUAACCAAGCCAGCGUCAAACCUUCCAGUGUCAUAAAACGCGACGAACUAAACUCUCACAUUCGUGCAAAUUUCAUCGCGACACCAACCAGGACAAUAAAGCAGAUCUUAGAGAACGAAUCCCAUUGGAACACGGGCCCGGACGGUAUAAAAUACCAGCUACCAUUUCAAAAUUUGAAGUAUCGAGCAUCAAUCCGGGUAGUCGAUUUUUUUCCCCCAAACCUCGAGGACUUCGCUGUUCAACACAACCCUGAACUGGCUAUUCUUGGAGAUGAUUCUGACUUGAACCAUAGCGAUGAAGAGCCAACAACUAAUAGACAAAUAUGGCAAUGGAGGUUUUGUCUACUUGUUGAAGACGGUGGCCCCAAUGCGCAUCAUCCUCCAGGACAAAGGCGAGAGCGCUUGAAGCUCUUUGUAGCAGAUGCCGAUGCUGUAUUUCUUCUUUCUCUCGAUGCGGUAAACCUUCGCGAAAAUCCCGAAGUUCUCGCUGAGCUGCGUGAAAAGCUCUUCAUCCUUUGGGGUGACUUAGAAGAGCGCAAGAGCGCAUACCCUGAUACUUUCGUUGUUAGUGACCCUGGCUCCAUCAAUACGAAACCUUUUAUUUGCUGUAUCAAAGAGUACGGUGUUCCUCUUCGCUCCGAAGCCUCCUCUGAAGCCAACGAAGACGGCAUGGAUACAAGUAGCCUGUUGGGCUGGGAGAAACGUUUUCGCAUGUUCGAUACCAGCAUCAUGUAG